AUGGAAUCAGGUUAUACGAACAGAUCCAAGAAAUUCCUCCUGACUUUGGAUGAAAAGAAGGAUGCAUUUGAACGGCAGUAUAAUCAGGUGUAUGUCUCACGAUUGAAUUUACUCAAAGCAAGAAUAAUGGAUGCCGGGCAGAAGGAAUUAGGUAAGAAAUUGGUAUACAAACAACUGGAAGACUUGGAUAUGCACGAGAAGGCUUUCGUUAUUGGAUCUAUCGAGAAAAGAAUCAGCAAAAGACCUGGUGUAUUGAAAGAAAUUGCAGAGGAGGAAAAUGUUUUGCCAGAAGACUAUGAUCCGGACGAAAUGAUGUCGCUUGUAUCAAACAAAGAUUUUCUGGAAUUUGAAGACGAGAAGCAGAUUGUGAAGCUUGAGGGAAAAAUUUCAAUGGAUGAAGUAGCUACUGGCUGCACAGCAGGACUGUAUGGAACUCAGGUGAAAUCUGAUGUAUUUGAAGUAGAGAAAGUAUUUUGGCCCACACCUUGUCCUCAACGUCCGUGGCCAAGCAAUACCACAGGAGGAGUGAUCGCAUUUUUGUCCGGCCUGGAGCUCACCGGCGACGCCGUCAACGAUGUUGGUUACCUAUCCUUGGCCAUUUUUUGA